GCUAGACUGCCAUGGCGAUGGGUGUGUAGAAUGGGAGCACGAACUUGAUGCAGCAAGGCUGCUGUUUGGUGUAUGUUUGCUUGGCCCUCUAACCGAUGCUCGGUGAGAGUGGUAGUGCUUGUUGCGAUCCUGGUGGCCAUCAACUUUUUUCCGUUUGUUCGGCCAGGUUUUAGCUUGACCAAACUAGUCUUGAGCGUCGGGGAGACCAACAUUUCUGGUGUCAGCUCCCUGACUCCGAUUGACCCAACAAUCGACCCGACCAUCAAUCCGACACGACUUGAGAUUGGCUUCUUGACCGUCACAAGCACAGAGUCACCCAACUUUCUGGCGCGCUCGUUUGAGGCCAUUUUUUAUCAAAGUUCCGAAGGUGUCAGUAGCUCAACACUGGGAGACACCACUCUCCGAUCGGAUCCCACAGUCUCCUUUGGUACUCCCAAGGUUGACAGCGGGAGUGAGCAGGCCACGAAUCCAGGGCUUGCAACAGCAACCGAGGGUCCAGAUUCCGACGAGGAGCCAGAUUCCAAUGAGGAGCCGGAGGAGCCGGAGGAGCCGGAGGAGCCGGAGCGGCCGGCUGCUGUAAGCGGAUGGAGCGCCGUGGGCCCAGCAGCCAAGUAUCAUCAGUUGGGCUUCACCCCGCCUCAGCCAAACUUCGUCAAGAACCCGUGGCCGGUGAAUGUGGCGAUUAGGAACUCUUGUUGCUACAGUGGGAUCAGAUGCCAAAAAGCUGCACCGAGGUAUAGCAUCUAUGUCAGUUCGAAUGGCGAUCGCAUUUACGCACCGCUGAUUUCUACGGCUGUGGCAGGUCUACGGCAGAGAUCAUCGGAGUGCAGAUAUGAAGUGAAGCAGUUCGUGGAGACCGGCAGGGAACAGCGAGGCAAGCAGUUCAAAUCUGUGAACUUUCAGGCGGUCCAAGUCCGUGCUGGUGAUGUCUGGAUCCACGUGGGGAAGAUCUUGCAGUGGGAGUUCUUUCGUUAUUGUCAGUCAACGUUGGCUCAGAAGCAGGUCUACUGCAUCUUAUACCAAAGUGAUCCCUGGGAUGUGCUGACCAGUCCUGGGGUCUGUGAGAUUUGGGAGUACACCUAUGGCAACAUCCCCUCAGCCCCGGUGGUUCGCACUUUACCCGCGGGCUUUUUGCCUCUGUGGGAACCAGAGCAGAACGACCGGGAAGCCAUGAGGCGAAUCUCUAAGUUCAACGUUGGGAAGAUCGAAUGGGUCUUCAUGGGGCAUCUGGUGCGGGGAAACCGGAGGAAAUGCUGGCGGCAUUUGAGGCGUAUGCCCGAGCUGCGGCAUGUGAAAUUUACAAAUCACAUCAGUGGCUUCGAGAAAAAUGACUGGAAGAAUCUGGCGAUGAAACACAAUGUGGUAUUCUUGAACAUGCACAAGUACUGCAACGCCAGCAACAGCUACGAUCGUCUUGAGACCGUUCGACUCUCUUCGGUGUUGAGCUUUGGAGCUUUGAUGAUCUCGGAGCCGGUGAAUGAAGUUGAUACAGAAAUCUUCAAGGUGGGAAGCUAAACUAAACAAAGGAUUUGUUAAGGGCCGCUUUCAGCAUCGGAGGGUCACCGAAAGGGGUUGGUUGAAUCCCCAUGUUAGUUAAAGGGACUUUUCUUUAGGAAACCUUUACAUUUGGAUCAUGUGGAACUUAAAUAACGUGGGGGCCAGAGAACUCCCCAGACUUGGAUGAAAGAACUCUGGCUCUGGGUUGGAGGGUCGGUUGGUGGUGGUGGACCCAUCUAUUACGUUUGAUCGGCUGUGAUGCAAUGUGAGGCGCCUCACUGUGCCUCACUGUUUGCCAACCGGAAUAUCCAUUGAUGUCAAACCGGAAUAUCCAUUCAGGACAUUGUGAUCUUUGAGAAGAAUCUGUUUCACAGCUACUCUCACUGGAGCCCACAGUUGAAAGAUCUGCUGGGAGAUAGUGCUCAGAUCAUUGCAUUUCAGCGGCGCGCCUACGCCCUGUACAAAGAGAAGUUCGAGCCAGGACGUCUUUUCUCUGACGCCGGAGUUUGGGACACGGAGCAAGGACCGAACUGCACCGGAUGAUCCGGUGAUGGACGGUGAUUCCAGCACAAAGCUGCUGGACCCAGCGCGACCUCCGGAGGGCGAAGCCCAGCGAAACGCUUUUCAAAAA